GCCGCGGUCACGUGGGGGCCGUCAUGGCGGCCUCCAUGGCGGCGGCGAGCGGCGGCUCCGUGACGCGGCGGCUGCUGCGGGGGGCGGCGCGGGGGCUCAGCGGGGCCGCGGCCGAGGAGCCCGAGGCGGCCCCGGUGAACGUGGUGUUCGUGGAUCGCUCCGGGCGGGAGGUGCCGGUUCGGGGCCGGGUCGGGGACAACGUCCUGCACCUCGCCCAGAGACACGGGCUGGAGCUCGAGGGCGCCUGCGAGGCCUCCCUGGCCUGUUCCACGUGCCACGUUUACAUCAGUGACCCCCACCUGGGGCGGCUCCCGGCCCCCGACGAGAGGGAGGAGGACCUGCUGGACCAGGCCCCGCUGCUCCAGGAGAAUUCCCGGCUGGGCUGUCAGAUCCUGCUGAGCCCGGCCCUGGAGGGGGCCCGGAUCGGCCUGCCCCGGCUCACCAGGAACUUCUACGUGGAUGGGCACGUCCCCAAACCCCACUGACCCCCCCCAGACCCCACUGACCCCCCCCAGACCCCACUGACCCCCCCCAGACCCCACUGACCCCCCCCAAACCCCACUGACCCCCCCAAACCCCACUGACCCCCCCAUGAAGGGAUGGACACCACCCAAAAGGACGGACAAACCCCCAAAGGAUGGACACCCCCAAAGGAUGGACACCCCUCCAAAGGCUCUGGAUUUGGGAUAAGGAACGUUCUGGUUAAUAAACAGGGGUUUUUUUGUCUGA